AUGUCUGUGGACAACAGCUUCGACAAUUUUGAGUAGCUGAUGUUUCCCUCCUAUGGUGAUAUGGAAAACAGAGAGUAGAUUGAGGAGCAAUACGUUCUGGAUCCUAUUCCAUAAGAAUAGGAAGACAAGCCAAUCCCCUAAAAUCCAGCUAAUAAUGGGAAAACUUACGAAUAAUUGUUUGAAAUAGUUUAACGAUUAAAUGACAUCAACUGGGUGGAACCAUCAUCAAAAAUCACUCCUAUCAAGUACUUGACUCCAAUUACUUACUGGUUUAUUAUAUGUUCCCAAUACUUCCAAACCGAUGCUGAUCCUAAAAUCAUCAAAAUCAAUCAGGAAUGCCAACAAAUUCAAGAAGAAACCGCUCGCCCAUACACUUACUUUGACGAUUGGUUCAUCAUGGAGAUGAGAAACAUAAUAGAUGGUUAAAAGAAUAAUCACCCAAAAACUCAACUCGAACAACAAUUACUUGACACCCAACUCCAAGUAAAUACUCAAAUCGAUGCAAUACAAAUAGAAAAGCCCACUUUGAACAUCUAAAACCCUCCAGAGUACAUUCUCAAAGAUCUUGUUGGUCUCACUGACAUCGAAAACCAAUAUCUGACCUACCUUGAAAGCCAACAAAAAUACUUCGAUGAGUAAAUUAUAAAUUAGACCAAAUCAUCUAAUUUGGCAGGAACAGCUAGAAAACUCUAAAAUGUUUAUAAUAAUUGCCAAAUUUGUAAUCAAGGGGUUAGAUCUGAAGAUCCUUUAAUUUCAUGUCAGAAAUGCUAAAUUAUUGUUCAUCAAAAGUGUUAUGGCCUAGAGAAUGCAAUUAACAACUGGAUUUGUGAUGUUUGUUUGAAUUUUGGCAAUAAAGGGAGAUUUUUGAAGUGUCCUUUCUGUCCGAAAUUGGGAGGAGCUAUGAGACCAACUUCAAUGGCAAUGAAAGAUUCUAUAUUUGAAUUAAUCAACCCUACUUUUCAUACAUAUGCUAUCAAUUAUAAAGUCGAUAGAUAAAAACCUCCUCCUGACGGUGAAGAAAAUUACAAUUUUAUGAUACUUUAAUAUCAACUUGAAAGUGUGUCUGAUGAACCACCCAAAGCUGAAAAGAUUUGGACUCAUGUUUCUUGCUCUCUAUGGUUAGAUUUUGAUUUAGCGAAGGUGGACAAAAGGAAAUUUAAUAGUUUAUGUAGCAUAUGCAAAUAGAAGAAAAAUGGAGCAUGUGUGUCCUGUUCAAAAUCUAAGUGUACUAUCUCAUUUCAUCCUGAAUGUGCGAGAAGAUCAUAAAUUUAUAUGGAAUCAGAUAACAUUUAUUGUUUCAAGCAUCAACCACUAAAAAUCAAGAGGAUAUUUGAAGAUUAACACAAUCAGUGGAAGGAAGAGAUCUAUUCCUUCUUUAAGCAAUAUGAAAAAUUAGAAUAACAAUUAGCCCAUAGACCUAAAAACAACGAUGUGGAGUUUUAAAAAUUUGAACUCAAAGCUCAGUAAGAAGAAAUUGAGGCAGACAUCAAAUAGGAAAACGAAAUGCUAUUUCAAAGGAUUGCAGAGAUCCUCGAAAAAGAUGAAAAAUUCAUAAUCACAUUCCAAUAAAAUCAAGUAGUUGACAUUUAGUUACCCUACAAGAGACAAUCUAUCUAUGACAUUGAAGAAAAUGAUAGAAUUUGGUAAUAGUUAGCCAAUGAAAAGUGCUCCUCUGAAUAGGUGUAUAUCCUAUAUCAGAGAGCAAUCAGAAUGAGAAGAAAGAAGAAGCAAGGGAAUGCAAUCAUAUAAUUGCAAAUGCCUUCGAUAUAGGAACUGCCAAAUAGGAAUAGACACUCAAUUUAUUCUAGACCCAAGUUCUUUAAGCAUCACAAAAAACAAAAAUAACAAAAUGGAUCAUCCAAUAACAUUUCUCUAAAAAUCAAAAUACCAAAGGAGGCCAUCAAUAUGCAACAACAAUAUUGCAUAUGCAAACAACAGAAUGAUGAAGAGAUGAUGUGUAAUAUAUCUUUUGUUAUUUUUAGAGUGCGAGAUCUGUUCAGAGUGGUACCAUCUCAAAUGCUUGGGAUUUUUGAGUUCUCUUGA